AUGGCCAAGGACAAGGCGUCGACGCGCAAGCCCCGCCGGCGCAACGCCCGGGCGCGCGACGACGGCGGCACGCGGCGCGCGACGGAAGCGACGCCGCCCGUCCGGGCGUCGAAGCGACUGUCCGUGCAAGUGUCCGCGGCCGCGUCCGCGUUCCUCGUGAACUUUAGGCUCCGGAUGGACGCGAUCGCGUCCAUCUUCGUGAACUACCACGAGGAGCGCCGGGAGUUGGUCGAGAAGACCGAGGCCGCGGACCUCAUCGAGCAGAACGUCGCCGAGCUCAUGCAGCUCUGCUACCGCGGCGCGUCCGCCGGCGAGUCGCGGCUCGCGCGGCGCGUCGCGUCCUUCCACUGGGGCAACCUGCUCCUCUCCGAGGUCCAGAAGGCGCGCCUCCGCAUGAAGGACCAGGAGCACAUCCGGCGCGCGGCGCGGCUCCACGAGGCCGUCACGCAGGAGCAGGAGCGCAACGCGUUCCUGGAGCGCAUCCAGGCCGAGGAGGUCCGCCGCGAGCAGGCCCGCAUCGCGGCCGCGCGGCCCGUGCCGCCGCCGCCGAACCGCGCGACCGGCGCGGGCGACGACAGCGACGAGGGCUGGGAGGAGAGCGACGAGGACGAUCCCGUCGAGGACCUCAUCCACCGCGAGCGCAUCCGCGAGCGCGACCUGCUGCGGACGCCCGGCUGCCUCGCCCUCGGCCGCAAGGCCUUCCGCCUCGAGGACAUGCCGCGCGUCACGGAGCGCGACCGCGAGAUCCUCCGGCGCGUCCUCUACAUCCUCCGCGAGGCCGAGCGGCGCAACUGCGGCGAGCUCGAGGUCCCGCGGCCGCGGGAGUGGGCGCUCUCCGACUUCGGCGACACGAUGACGACGGAGGCCAUCCGCGCGCGCUUCGACCUGCGGCGCCUCCAGCGCCUCUUCCCGAACCUCGACUUCCGCCUCUCCUGGUCCGUGCGCUUCAACGUCUUCGUCCAGACCAUCGACGCGAUCGCGCUCGACUCGAACCUCGAGCUCACGCGCGUCGACAUGGAGGUCCGCCGCUCCACGGUCGGCGUCUACGAGGACUCGCUCGCCUGCCAGCUCCUGGGCCAGACCUACUACGUCCACCCGGACAAGACGAUCAAGAUCACGGUCGACCUCGUCGUCACGAGCGAGGUCAUCGGCGCGUUCCCGCGCACGGCCCCGGGCCGCGCCGAGGUCCAGAUCAAGGAGCUGGGCUUCCACUUCAUCGACCCGCUCGCGCCCGUCGCGGAGAAGGAGAUCGUCCCGCGCGUCCGCGUGUUCAUCCCGUACCUCGGCAUCGAGGGCUGGAUCAGCAUCACGUUGAACGACGGCCACCUCAUCGUCGAGCUCAAGUACCUCCAGGCCAUGCACGUCAAGAACCGCAUGCUCAAGAAGUGCUGCUACACGCUCUACCUCCUCGAGCUCGCGGACAGGCUCCGGGGCGAGGCCUCCCGCGAGACCCUCAAGACGGCGCGCAAGAACGUCGUCGAGGCGAAGACGGGCGCCAACGGCUCCGAGUACCUCGUCGAGCGCUGGCGCGGCCUCGCGGAGACGGACCCGCUGCGCCUCGAGUUCGACGAGCUCGCGCGGCGCGACGUCGCCGCGGCGGCGGCCGACGAGCUGCCCGUGGACCGGCUCCAGCGCGUGCCCGACCCCGGCCUCGUGAACCUGCCGACGAUCUGGCCGCGCAUGCGGUACGCGCAGCCGGAGUGCGGCGUGCCCUACCCCUACGGCUCCAAGCUCGGCCUCUUCAAGGGCCGCGUCGGCGGCGGCGUCCGAGGCAUGUGCUACCGCGUCAUCCGCGACGCGAAGCGGCGGAGCAGCUGCGUUCACCCGCCGCGGGCCGAGGACGACCAGUGCCCCGCGUACUACGGCGUCGACCUCGUCCAGCACCACGGCAAGCCCGUCUGCCGCUUCACGGUCCACGAGGGCACGAAGACCGAGGCGCUCCGGUCGCUGGAGAACGCCUUCGCCGAGUUCAUGCCGGAACGCUUCUACGGCAUUACCGACAAUCCAAAGGACGGCUGCCCCAAGGGCAAGGUCCUGGCGCGCGCCCAGAUCCCGGGCGGCCGCAACACCCGCAUCACCUUCGGCCUCUACGACUCCAAGGUCGAGGCCGCGGCGCACUUCAACAUCGGCACGACGGUCAUCGGCCAGAUCGUCGGCGAGCGGCUCCGCUGGCUCAACGACCCGAUGGACCCGGGCGCGACCGCGGCGUCUCGUUUCGCGAAAACGCGUUCGCACGACGCGCGACCCCUCGCAGAGAUCGCCGCGGUCUCCAUCCAGGAGAAGCACCGCAUCUCCGAGGUCGUCGUCGCGCGCAUCGAGGAGCACAACGUCGAGCGCGCCGAGGCCGAGAAGCCGCUGCCGCCGCUCCACGUCGCGGGCGCGUCGCGGCGCCUCGAGCGCUACAAGGCCGACUUCGCGCUCCAGCUCAAGGAUUUGGCGUACGUCGAGGCCGCGGACGAGGCCUACCUCCGCGACCAGGCCGCGGCGUUGGCGCCGCCCGAGCCCAUGCCCGACGGCUCCCGGCCGCCGAUCGACGCGCACUCGCGGCGCGUCGCGCGCGCGGGCCUCGCGAACACCUUCGAGCGCAUGAUCGAGCGCCGCCGCGACCGCGCCGCGCGCGAGCGCGAGGAGGCCCAGGCGCGACGCCGCACCGCCGCGUCGACGGCCGCCGUCGCGAACUUCUACCGCGACCCGUGCGGCCUCCUCGAGCCGCGGGCGCUCGCGCCGCCCGGCCAGCCGCGCCGCGUCGCCAAGCUCUACGUCGUGCCCAACUGCGAGAUCGUGUCGCCGCCGCCGCCGCCGAUCUACCACGUCACGGAGAACGGCGAGCGGCUCCUCGUGCUCUACGCGACGCGCGUGCAGCGGCCGCUGAUCCCCGCGAUCCAAGCGGUGCACAAGCAGCGCGCGGACUUCCUCUCGCUCUUCGACGAGUCGGAGGCCGCCGCCGCCGCCGCCGCCGCCGCCGCCGCGGAGCGGGGCGACGAGGCGGCGCCCGCGGCCGACGGCGCCGCGGAGCCCGCGGCCGCGCCCGAGGCGCCCGCCGAGGCGCUCGCCGAGGCGCCGCCGACGGCGCCGCCCGUCGAGGCGCCCGCCGAGGCGCCGCCGCCGGCCGCCGCGCCGGCCAAGAAGAAGAAGAAGAAGCGGUCGCGCCGCCGCGGCCCCGCGCCGCCCGCCGAGAUCUCCGAGUACGAGCGCACGCGCAUGCGCAACAUCGCGGCCGGCAACAAGAAGCUCUACUCGCUCGGCCUCAUCCACCCGCCGCCGGAGGUCGUCGCCGACCCCGAGCACUCCUGGUGGUCCGAGCGCGCGAGGACCCGCGCCCAGUCGUGA